AUGGCGGCAGACAUCUAUGCCACGCCGAUGCGCCCUGUCCCUGGCAUCUUCCCUAAGACGCCCGCGCUCCCGAACCAAAUGCCACAGCCGAUUUUCCAGAGACCGAUCCCAGAGCUCCAGCGAACACCCUCCGCGAAUCCUCCUGCCGCUCCAACAACACAGCAGCAACCUGAGGCUCUAAAGCCAGAACAAAGAGCCGCAAAAUACAUCAAUGAGGCGUUGAACGAUGAAGCGCAGUUUGCUGAUAUUGAUGCGUAUCUACCACCUGGACCCUCUUCGGAGUAUGAGGUGCAGACAUCCACAACAUGGGCACCAUUCCAAAAAGCGCGGGUUUAUCAGAUUCCAGAUCAGGUGUUCGAGCAAUACAAUCACUCGAAUCUGACCACUUUGAUGGGCCUGUUCGCGGAGUUGAGACACGCGUGGGUCUCGAUCGAUAACGGGCUCUAUCUUUGGGACUAUACCGCCAACAACCCGGAGUUGUUUGGCUUUGAGGACCAGCCACAUAGUAUUACUGCCGUCGAGCUGGCAGUACCAAAACCGGGCGUUUUUCUUGACACUGUCAGAAACAUGAUUGUGCUAGCGACAACGUCAGAGAUCUCGUUACUAGGCCUGAUUACAGAAAUGGUUGCUGGAGCGCCACAGCUGUCCGUCAUCAAGACGGGUAUGUCUGUGUCAGUAAGAGGCAUGGAUGUGUCCGUGAUUGCCCACUCGAAGACAACAGGCAGAAUCUUCUUUGGCGGCACCACGGACAAUGAUUUAUACGAGCUGGUAUACCAGCAGCAAGACGGCUGGUUCCGAGGCAAGUGCAACAAGAUCUGCCAUACACGAACUACGGUGCAGACCUUGACAAUGUCCCUACCAGCCCUUGGGUCACGCCCCUCAGAGUAUGUCGAACAGAUCAUCGUUGAUGAUAGCCGGAGUCUUGUGUACACGCUCUCCUCAAAAUCCAAUAUCAGGGUCUUCUUCAUGAAAUCUGAUGGCAGUUUGACGCUAUGCAUCACCAAGUCGGCCAGUGACCUCUACUCGAAGGUCUCACACUUAGUCACCCCAAACGAAUCGCUCAAUCCUCGGAUCGCAAUUGUCGCAAUCUCUGCGAUCCCUCAACAAGAGGCAGCACGAUAUUCUUUGGUAGCAACUACUGCCACGGGAUAUCGGAUCUACUGCAGCACUACUAGCUCAGGUUUCUGGGGUUCCCAAAAUCCCGGUGGACCAGCCAGUAUGGAGCCUCAACACGUCAGAAUACCGCCUUCAACACCAGCAGUGUUUGUCUCUAAUACCGUCCGCGCUCAUUCCGGCUCACAGCAAGCCAACAACAUGCAUGCACCAGUCAAUACCCUCAUCCAGACACGCCUGGCUAAGAGAUUCCCACCGGGAUACUUCUUCUGCUUUACGACGAAAGAUCAAAAUGCUCCAACCGAUUCCCUCUUUAUUUGCGCGCCAGAUGCUGGCCGAGUAAUCAGACCAGCCGAGAUGGGGCAGCUAAGCAAAUCCGCCGAAUCGGCCGUGUGGAUCCAGCUGGGUAGCAAGGCCGAAGACAUCGGCGCUUCGACACCGUAUAUCGCGCCCUCGACAACUCCGAGAGGCUUCGGUAAUGAUCUUGCCGUGCAAUUCGACCAGCCCAUACCGGAGAUCGCCAUCCUCACAAACACUGGUAUCCAUGUCAUCAAACGGAGAAGACUUGUUGAUAUCUUCGCUGGACUGGUACGGCAGGGCGGUGGGACUGAAGGCUUCCAGAACGAUAUCAAUUAUCUCAUGAGAACGUACGGCCGCACAGAGACACUUGCAACUGCCCUUGCCGUGGCAUGCGGACAGGGAGAAGAGGUAACUUCGGAGAGCAGAUCCACUCGCAUUCUCGAUCCAGACGUGCUAGAAGUGGCACGCAAAACAUUCAUUGACCACGGAGGUAAGGCCAGUCUCAAUCAAAAUAUGGUUGCGGAUCGGAAUAUGCCUCUAAUUGACGCUGUUCGCCCGUCACCACGACAUGCUGCAAUCACCCUCUACCUUUCGCGCCUACUACGGUCAACCUGGAGGAGUGUUAUAGCCAAGGAGAAGAAAGAGAAGGAUAAGUACGUGGUUGAGCCUGCUGUUAAGAUCGAAAAACUUAGAUCAGUACAAGAAGAUCUUUCCGCCCUACAGAGAUUUUUCAAUGCCAACAAGAGCUUCAUCAAAGGACUGAGUGGGCCUGAUGAUCUGCCGCAGGCCGGUACACGGGAUGACGAGAUCGCUAUGCAGGGCGAGCACAGAGCGCUACACGCGGUAGUCAAGUUCGUUGCCAACACUAUCGAGGGCAUCUCAUUCGUGCAGGUCUUGUUCGAAGAGCGUGUCGAAGACAUUGUUCCACUGCUACCAGAAGCGUCCCGCCCAGAGCUCUUCAAGCUCACCUAUGAGGAGCUCUUCAGCACCAAGAUGGGCUUCGACCUUGCGAAAGAGCUUGUGAAGGCCAUCGUCAACCGGAACAUUGCUAAGGGCUCCAAUGUCGAGACGAUUGCGGAAUCGUUACGGCGACGCUGUGGCAACUUUUGCAGUGCUGAUGACGUUGUUAUCUUCAAAGCCCAGGAACUGCUGAAGCGCGCUGCGGAACAGGGCGCCAAUGCUGAGACUGCACGAAACCUGCUCAACGAUAGCUUGAGAUUAUUUGAAGAGGUAGCCCAUAGCCUCCCAAGGGACUACCUCAAGGCAGCUGUGAAACAGUACAUCGAGCUGAGGUUUUUCGCCGGAGCAAUCCAACUUAUUCUCAAGGUCGCGAAUGAAAUGGACAAGGCCAAUGAUGCCCACUCAUGGAUGCUGGAUGGUCGGCCUGAGGGCGAUCCAAGGAAAGAGAAGUUCGAGAAGCGACAGAAGUGUUACACUUUGGUUCACGAUGUUAUCGUCUCGGUUGACAAGAGCAUUGAGAAGGAGCCGACGUUCCUCGACGGACGACCGACCCUUCCUGCCAUCCGCCGGAAUGAGGCAUACGAUGUCAUCGCUAUGUCGAAUGACGAGCUCUUCUUGACGGACCUUUACGACUGGUAUCUAUCAAACGGCUGGGCUGAUCGCGUGCUUAGCACUGAAUCCCCAUUCAUCAUCAAGUAUCUGGAGCGCAAGUCUGCCGAAGACAUCGUCUACGCUGACCUGCUUUGGCGCUACUACGGCCAGACCAACCAAUAUCAGAAGGCCGCCACUGUGCAGCUUCAACUGGCCCAGUCUGGCUUCCAGCUUCCUCUCGAUCGUCGAAUUGAAUAUCUUUCGCGAGCUCGUGCCAAUGCCUCUACGUACACGCAAGGUGGAAACCGCAAGACCAAGCAAAAGCUUCUCCAGGACAUCUCGGAACUACUCGACAUUGCCAAUAUCCAGGAUGAAGUUCUUCAGCGACUACGAGAUGAGACUCGUCUCGACGAGAAUGCGAGGGCUGAAGUGCUAGAACAAGUUGAUGGCCCGAUUCUGGACAUCUCAACCCUCUUCAACAAAUUUGCCGACGCUGGUGGCUACUACGAUAUCUGUCUCCAGAUAUACAUGGUGGCAGAUCACCGCGAUCCCAGCACCAUUAAGGGCACGUGGCAACAGCUGUUAGACACGACACAUGAAAGAACCGUCAGCAAUGGCUCACCGCAGCCCUUCGAGGCCAUCGCAGAGGAGGUCCGCAGCCUCGGCGCCCGCCUACGCCUCUCAGAAGCCACCUUUCCCGUUCCAUUUCUGCUCCCGACUCUCCUCGGUUACAGCUACACCGCUCAACGUGACGUCGCGCCGGAACAUUGGGUCACCGAUAUCUUCCUGGGUCUCGGCGUAGCCCACGAGCAGCUCUUCGAUACGCUGGAGCAGAUGUUUUAUACGGAGGAGCGGCCAUUCCUCGGUAAAGCGAAGGGCGAGGUGAUCAGGGAGGCGCUGUAUGUCGCAGGCAAAUGGUGGAGUGAGAGCACGCGGACCGGCCUAGGUGGCGCGUUUGGAGGCGAUGAGGGUUGCGGGAGGGUGCUGGAGUUCCUGGAAGCUGCGAUUGCUGUGGGAGCGAGGCAGGGCUUUGACAGAGAUAUCUUGGAUGCGGCAAAGAGCGUGAGAGCGAGGGUAACAGAAUUCGUAGAAUGA